GUAACAACACCGAGUAAAGGGCUGCUGGAAGUAGGAAGGGUAAUUUUCUGAAAGGACUUUGAGACCGACGGAUGGCGGUUCGGUGAGGCUGUAGCUGCAUGUCAGACUUGGACACGUGGGCUCCGCUUACUCUGUAUCUCUUGAUAUUCACGUAAAUACAGGCGCAGAGCAAAGGGCAACAUGUCGGAGUCGAACAGCGUGUCUGUACAGCAGAUGCUUGACAGGAGUUGUUGGGUGUGUUUUGCCACUGACGAGGAUGACCGAACGGCAGAGUGGGUGAGGCCGUGCAGAUGCAGAGGGUCUACUAAGUGGGUGCAUCAGGCAUGUCUCCAGAGAUGGGUCGAUGAAAAGCAAAGAGGAAACAGCACCGCUCGAGUUGCAUGCCCUCAGUGCAAUGCAGAGUAUUUAAUUGUGUUCCCAAAUCUUGGUCCAGUGGUUUAUGUAUUGGAUCUUGCAGAUAGACUGAUAUCUAAAGCCUGUCCUUUUGCUGCUGCAGGGAUCAUGGUGGGGUCAAUCUACUGGACAGCGGUCACUUAUGGUGCAGUCACUGUGAUGCAGGUUGUUGGCCACAAAGAGGGCCUUGAUGUCAUGGAACGGGCUGAUCCCCUUUUCUUGCUGAUUGGCCUGCCUACCAUCCCGGUUGUGUUGAUUUUAGGCAAAAUGAUUCGCUGGGAGGACUAUGUGCUCAGAUUCUGGCGCAAAUACUCCAACAAAUUACAGAUUCUUAAUAGUAUAUUUCCAGGAAUUGGCUGUCCAGUGCCCCGGGUACCAGCUGAAGCCAACCCACUGGCAGAUCAUGUCUCUGCUACACGAAUACUGUGCGGAGCUCUGGUCUUUCCCACUAUUGCUACUAUUGUUGGCAAAUUGAUGUUUAGCACCGUUAAUUCCAACCUGCAAAGGACAAUUCUGGGCGGAAUUGCUUUUGUUGCCAUUAAAGGAGCCUUCAAGGUUUACUUCAAACAGCAACAGUACCUGCGCCAAGCUCACCGGAAAAUCCUCGACAGCCAAGAGCCAGAACCAGAGGAAGUAUAAGGCUUGGAUGAGCCGGCCCAGUUGUCCCGCUCAAUUCACUCUCCCUGCUCCUGGGGGUGUACAAGAAGCUGCUGCCCUGUGACAUGUUCCCUGUAGGAAACGCAACAAAGUCCUUGUGCGGCAGAGAAAAGCCGACAAUCAGCCAAACUCACAAUGUGGUCUCAGCCUCCAAAUGACUUCUAAUAAAAACAGCACUGCGCUUUGGCAAUUUCCCCCCAGCACAAUCACAUACCUGUCUACAUGGUACAUCCCAGACUGCUCCAUCUGUUGUUUUGUUUCUCCACCUAAAUUGCUGCCAAAUUUCUAAACGUAUUCACCGUCCGAGCACCACGCGCUGCUUGUGUUUUUAUUCUUUACAAAUACUACUGUGUGUGCGCAGGAUCCAUAACACAACCUUCAGCUCUUUAUUUUAUUAUUUGUUACUAAAUCGAAAUAAUUAUUAUUAUUAUUAUUAUUACACUGUCCAGUGAUUUGACUCAA